UUGGAUCCAUCCACUGCCUGUUUGUUUCCAAUCAGCAACCCAUCGUUGGCCAAUAGCCUUAUUUGCCUGUUGCCUGUUGCUCUGCAAUCUCGUUUAUCAUUCAAAGUUCUGCACUCGGCUUGACAGGUACUUGUUGCAGCAGUGAGCGGCAGUUCGUGCAACAUUGUCAGUGCCACAAUUCUAUUAGCAACUUGUGAAUACUCAAAUUGAAGCUAAUCGUAUCAUGUCCUAUUCAAUGCGCUGCACUUUGGUUGUCUGCGUGGCACUCGCUCUGUUUGCCGCUGGCUGCAUUGUAGAGGCUUCCAAAGCUCGACCACCGCGCAACAAUGAAAUCAAUACCAUGGCGGAUGCGCUGAAGUAUCUGCAGGAUCUCGAUGUAUACUAUGGCGACAGGGCACGUGUGAGGUUUGGCAAGCGCAACUCACUAAUACAAGCCAUACGCAAUCGAAUACUUACAAAUGGCAUCAACAAUAACGAACUUUUCAAUGACAACAACAACAAUGGCGGAGAGCUGAUCCAUGACGUUGGCCAGGAAGAAAUGUUUUAAUCACGGAGCGUAGCGAGGGGGAGGGAGAGAGAACAAAAUUGGAGCUCUGUUGCAUCUGUUUCAAAACAAUAGCUUGAACAAUUACCAAAACUAAAAUAUGAAUGUUAAUUACUAAUUAAUUAAAU